AUGACGAGACCGACGACAGAGGCGAAAGAGGAGGUCAUCGGCAUAGAUCUCCGUCGCCCGAAGAAUGGCGCGCUACAGGAGGAGAGCUCGGCGCUGAAAGAGCAGACGAGUAAAGUCGGCGGCGGAAUCCUCCACUCGCUGUGGAAAGAGAAGAAGGAGGAGGAAGGCGGCGAUAAGUUUCCUCCCUCGCCGACGGACAGAGAGAAGACAAAGGGUGCCGGACUGGGGCUGCCCUCCAAACCAUCCGGCCAGAUGCUCGCCGGUGAUGGACGAGACGGAGAAGCCUUGACGUGCCGUGGGAGCUAG